AUGCUUGCUGAUGAUUUGAUACAUGAUUUAGUAAUUAAGGGUCCAGUGUCAAACCUUGAAUCUAUAGAAGGCGAUAGUGCGACGCUCUCGUGUGACACUUCCACUGACUCCGGUGAUGAAUUGAUGCUUCUCGUAUGGUACAAAAACAACGCGCCUAUAUUCAGCGCUUGGAUAAGUCCAACAUUUAACGCUGGUGGUCGACUGAAAGCGGAUGUGCUGCAGCAGCCGUCUACUAUCACCAUCUCGGAGUUGACGGAGCGCGACCAAGCACUGUAUCACUGCCGAGUCGACUUUCUGAUAGCACCAACCAGGAACAUCGGUGUUAACCUUACUGUCAUCGUGCUACCUAGCCAGCCUUUUUUCCUGGACGAACUGGGAAACAAAGUUAAGGACAAAAUUGGACCGUAUCACGAAGGAGACACUUUGGUACUCAGCUGCCUUGUUAUAGGAGGACGUCCACCUCCGCGCAUCAGCUGGUACUCCGGAAAGACUUUAGUGGACGCAUCAGACGGUGUAAGCGACAUACCCAGCGUGAGGGAGAACGAACUGUACCUGCCCCUCACUCGUGACAACGUGGAAUCGCUCACGUGUAAAGCAUCGAACACCCAUCUCAGACCACCAAUAGAAUCGAGCCUGCAAAUAGAAUUAUAUCGUAAGUAUUCCACUUCUUCAUCCUUUUACGCCCCCAUUUUAAGGGCACAGUCCUUCCUUAUGGAUGGUUAAGGAAGAUGGACCAUGACCCUCCGCGCUGACCCUAUGCGUAUUUUAAGAUAAUGCUUAACAUGCCUUCCAAAGCACGAAGCGUGAGAUGAUAUUUUUUGGUCACCCGUCCAACAAUUAAUUGCUUUGCAACAACGAACGCGGGCACCGGCGCUUUUCCACUACGCCACCAAACUACUAGUAUUCCACUAACCUAUAAAAUUUUCUCUAUUCUAUCGUAGAUUAAUACACUCAAAUAUAAUCAUAACUCAAAACCAAGGAUAG